CGAGCGUUCUGAGGAUUGUACUCGGGGACCAGAAAGGACCUCUUUUACCGUUUCAUUCUGCAGAGUUGAAAAAGCCCCUAACCAGCUGGCUCCUUGUGCGAAAGCCUAUGCGGAUCUGUUUGCUGAGAACAAGCCUGGAGUGUCCAAUAAGUAACUCGUGCGUGUAAACGACAGUCGCCCUCCAACUCGGGUUUUACGCACGGCACCGCGCGCAACAGAGACUUAUCCUCUUGCGCGCUUUUUGCAAGGUGCGAAGGUUUCCUUCAGUCGCAUCCUGGGCAAAGGUAAAUUCACUCUUAGACAUCGUUUCUUCCUCUGUUUUUUUUUUUCCUCGCGAGACAGCAGAGAAAAACGUCUUCCCCAUUUUCACGCGUAAUUUGGCAACACCGAUCCGUUUUUCCGCAUGAAUCUCCUCGACCCCUUCCUGAAGAUGACGGAAGAACCAGAGAAGGCUCUCUCCGACGCCCCGAGCCCGAGCAUGUCCGAGGACUCCGCGGGCUCCCCGUGCCCGUCCGGCUCCGGCUCCGACACCGAGAACACGCGGCCGUCGGAGAACGGGCUGCUGCGCAUCCCGGACGGGGCGCUGCUCGGAGACUUCAAGAAGGACGAGGACGAUAAUAAGUUCCCCGCCUGCAUCCGCGAGGCGGUGUCCCAGGUGCUCAAGGGCUACGACUGGACCCUCGUGCCCAUGCCGGUGCGCGUAAACGGAUCUACCAAGAACAAGCCUCACGUGAAGAGGCCGAUGAACGCCUUCAUGGUGUGGGCGCAGGCUGCGCGCAGGAAGCUGGCGGACCAGUACCCGCACCUGCACAACGCCGAGCUCAGCAAGACUCUCGGGAAACUUUGGAGACUUCUCAAUGAAGGGGAGAAGCGGCCGUUUGUGGAAGAGGCUGAAAGGCUGCGGGUGCAGCACAAGAAGGAUCACCCGGACUACAAAUACCAGCCCCGGCGGAGGAAGUCGGUGAAGAACGGCCAGAGCGAGUCCGAGGAUGGCGAGCAGACGCACAUCUCCACCAACGCCAUCUUCAAGGCUCUGCAGCAGGCCGACUCCCCGGCGUCCAGCAUGGGAGAGGUGCACUCCCCCGCCGAGCACUCAGGCUCACAGGGCCCCCCUACCCCUCCCACAACCCCAAAGACUGAUGUCAGCUCAGGCAAGGUGGACCUAAAGCGCGAGGCGGGUCUCCGCCCUCCGCCUGAGGGCUCCGCCGGACGCCAGCUCAACAUCGACUUCCGUGACGUGGACAUCGGCGAGCUGAGCAGCGAUGUCAUCUCGCACAUCGAGACCUUUGACGUCAACGAGUUCGACCAGUACCUGCCGCCCAACGGCCACCCGGGUCCCGCCGGCGGCCCCGGCAGCGCCGCCCCGGUCAGCUACACGGGCAGUUACAGCAUCAGCAGCGCCGCCCCCCUCAGCCCGCAGCCGGGGGGCGGGCCCGCCUGGAUGGGGAAGAGCCAGAGCCAGCAGGGGCAGCAGCAGCAGCACACCCUGACCACCCUGGGGAGCAGCGGCGCGGGCUCGGACGCGGCUCAGACGCAGCACAGGACCCAGAUCAAGACGGAGCAGCUGAGCCCCAGCCACUACAGCGAGCACCAGGGCUCCCCGCAGCACUACAGCCCCUUCAACCUGCAGCACUACAGCCCCUCCUCCUACACGGCCAUCUCCAGGGCGCAGCAGUACGACUUCUCCGACCACCAGGGGGGAGGCGGCACCGCCUCCUACUACAGCCACGCGGGGGCGGGUCAGGGCUCGGGGCUGUACUCCACCUUCAGCUACAUGGGCAGCCCCAGCCAGAGGCCCAUGUACACGCCCAUCGCCGACAACACGGGGGUGCCGUCCAUCCCGCAGAGCAGCCCGCAGCACUGGGAGCAGGCGCCGGUUUACACCCAGCUCACCCGGCCCUGAGACUCCGAGACAAACACACAAACACUUUACCGCAGGGAGAGCUCUUCCCCUGAAUCAGACACUUGAAUUCACAGAAGAGGAGACUUGUGAUUGGCUCACGUAGUGCCUUCUUAUUGUAUCAUGAUAGAAACGUAUAUUUUUAGAAAGAUGAAGAGACUUACGAAAAUCCUCUGUGAGGACCUAUUGAUUGUCAAUAUUUCUGUAGGUACUGUGUAUGUUUCUCUUUUUUGUAAGUAUUUUUUUUAAUCUUUAAAGCAACACAAAGGAGCCCCGGUGGUUUUUAGCUUGAUGUUACGACAGUGUUUAAGACUCGCUCUCGUUUUUCUCUCAUUUACUUCCCUGGAGCGUCUCGGUCUCUCCUGCCGCUGAAGCUCUAUGAGCCGGUUUCGUCGGCGUUGCGUGACGCAGCGAUGCAAAGCGACAACGCCGUGGUCUCAAAAGACAACUGGUGCAGGAGUUCAAAUUUACUUUGGAAGUUUUUUUGUCAGUAGUAGAGAUACGAGACCGUGAAAGGUAGACGGCACUUCCUAAAAUUUAUAAAAUAUUCCUGCAAAUGAAACUAAAACUGUUAUUCCUACAUGCAAAUACCUCCUUUGUGUUGCUUAAAUGUGCUGGCAGUUUUUAACCCAUGACGGCAUGGGGGUGGGGGAGGUAUUGGGAGAAUUAUUUUUACUUGUACAGAAAAAAAAGGACAAACACAUUUUUAAAAAAGAAAAAAAAAAGCUUUAUAUUUUAAUCUGUCUAGCAGCUAACCGGCUGCCUCAGUGCAGAGUCUGGAUCCUUGUCUGAUGUCUUCAUCCGAAACUUUGUAUUUGCUCUCUUCGUGUGCCGUUCGCUGAGUACGGUUUGUGUUUGAACUGUUCUCCGUGUCCUGAUCAUGGAGGGGGGGUGCUUGGCUGCCCGACGCGGCGCUGGCCGCGGCUCCUUCCACCGUCCGUGCCUUGGUUUUUACAUUUUCUAAAGUCUUUGUACGUCCGCGUGCCCGAUGGCCACAGCUGAGAUUACGCUUUGCGUCCAGCAGCGGGUGUCUGACAGCUACAGGAAGUCACCUUUGACCCCCCCCCCCUGCAGUCUCCUCCCGUGCUCCCCCCAGACCCCACCCCCCACCAGGUCAGAUCCCCUUUAACAAUUUAUUUAUUUAUUAGUGUUAACUUUAUUUCAAAUUAAUUAUUUUGCAUACUAUUCUUAUAAGUAAUUGUCCUCUUUUUGCAAUGUAGGCAGCAUAGAAACCCCCCCCCCCCCUUUUUUUUUUCAGUUUUGAUUUUCAGCCCAGGAGGUACUUAGACAAAAUGAUACAUGCCGUAAUCGUCUUUUUUGUUUUGUUUGUUUAUUUAUCUUAUCUAAAUCUUUAUUUUAAAUAUGUAUGUCUUUUUUCCUGGAGGACUGUCUUUGCAGAUUAUGUUUCAGUGAAGUUGUUUUGGUUUUGGCUGUCAACUUUGGCCGAAAGAACUGGAAAAAUGGUAUCUCAGUUGCUACGACUCCACCGUUUGUUCUGUUAGGAUGAGCGUCCUUCCUUCUCUGCAGGUUGUUUCCUUUUCCUUCAGUAUCAAAGAACUGAUGUUACCAGUGCUCUCUUUUCUCUGUGAUCUCUCCAUGUAAUGGUACUGUCUCAAAAGAAACUUUUGUAUAAGUAUUUGCAAUAAAAAAA